AUGAUUCAGUGCGUUAUGGAUAGUUUUGGGAUUCGUGAAGAGGUUAAAGAACGAAAAAAAUCUUGGUCAGAAUUGAAAAGAGAAGUUUGCGAAUUGAGGAGACAACUUGGACGUUUAUCUACUCCCAUACCAACUUCUAUUUCUUUUAGAACUCUGGAAGAUGGUCGUACUAGGAUUUACUUUUUAAGUAUUCCAUCCAAUGGAUGGGAAAACACUUUGUUUUAUGUUGAUGUUGUUAAUAGUGAAAAUCAAGGUUUGGAAAGACUUAAAUGGCAUAGGAUAGUAGAUACAAAUUUUCUUUUAACUGCAGCUGGUAAAUUUUCAAGAGAAGAACAGUUGCAAUGGGAACGUAAACGUUUAGCCACCUGGGGCAUAACUUCAUAUGAACUUCAUCCUGAAUCAGGAAAACUAGUCUUCCCUGCGGCAUCAUCACUAUUUCAAUGUACUGACAGUGAUAUGUAUCCUACAGAACUCACAUCAAGCACAACAGGUGCAAAAUUAAAUCCACAAAUUUGUCCCUCUAAUCCUUCUUUAGUUGCUUAUAUCUGCAAUAAUGAUAUCUGGGUGACUCAUACUUCAUGUGGUUUCACACAAAGACUGACCUAUGUUCACAAAGGGGAUCGAAGUGUACUCGAUGAUCCGAUUAGUGCUGGAAUACCUUCUUAUGUAAUGCAAGAAGAAUUUAAUCGAUUUCAAGGUUUCUGGUGGCAACCUAAAUGUUUAGGUAUUUUCAAAAUGAACCACCCAAUUGCAAACCUGUUGUAUGAAGAAGUAGAUGAAAACGAAGUGGAAAUUUCCCGUUUUCCCUUAUCGAAAACUGGAGAAACGGAAGAGUUUCGCUUUCCCAGAGCUGGAACUCCAAAUGCAAACUGGAAUUUAAAAAUGGUACAAUUUCAAAUAAAUGAUUCAUUUCAAAUAUGUAACGUAGCCUGCUUGGAAUUAGGCACACCUCUUCGAACCUUAUUCCGCUGGGCAGAAUAUUUGGUUAGAGUUGGAUGGACAUCUAAUUCUGAACACAUUUGGGUACAGUUACUUGAUAGAAGGCAAAAACGUUUAGAAUUAGCGCUGCUGGCAGCCGAUCAAUUUUUAGACGUUAGAAUAAUUAGUUCCUCAGAAGAAUGGUUUAAUUGGACUCCUUCUUACAGUGUUAUUUGUUGUCAAGAAUCGGAUAUAUGGAUCAACGUUCAUGACAUAUUACAUUUUUUCCCUUUUAGUAAUAAUUCUCCGACUUUAAAUUUUAUUUGGGCUAGUGAAGAAACGGGUUGGAGACAUUUGUAUUUGUUUACCAGCGUUCUUUAUCCGCACUCGAACGGUGUUGCAGAUGUUGAAGGUGCGAUUUCAAAUUAUUUAAAAUUUUCAGUCUGGGAAAUAAUUAAAUUUACCGGGCUUAUACCAUUAACGUCUGGAGAGUGGGAAGUUUUAAGGAGAAACGUUUGGGUCGACGAAGAAAAAGAAUUGGUGUACUUUUUAGGUUUGAGAGAGUCACCGUUAGAAAAACAUUUGUACGUCGUGUCAUUAAGGAAACCCGGUAAAAUUCGACUGUUAACAAAACCGGGUCAUUCGUACAACAUAGACAUAAAUAAAGAGUGUACUGUUAUGGUUGCCGUUUACAGUAACAUACAAACACUGCCUUCUUGUCAGGUAUUUAAAAUAAGGUGUACGGAUUACACUGUCGACGGAAUUGUUCUCGAACCGGCUGGUUACUUGUCGGAACCUUCAUCGACGGUCGCAUCCGUGUUUACACCUGAAUUAUACACCUAUCAGAUCUCAUCGGGAGAAUUGCUUUACGCAAUGGUUUUCAAACCCCAUUCUUUUAGUCUCGGAAAAAAAUAUCCGACGGUGGUGAAUGUGUACGGAGGACCGGAGGUUCAAGUAGUUUCAAAUACAUUUAAGGGUAUGAGACAAUUACGAAUGCACAUGCUUGCUGCUCAAGGGUAUUGCGUAAUUGCUAUAGACUCGAGAGGAUCUCAACACCGAGGACUUGCCUUCGAGGGUCAUUUAAAAGGAAGAAUGGGAACUGUCGAAUUAUCGGAUCAAGUCGAAGUAUUAAAAUGGUUAGUCGAUAGUUUAGGAUUUAUCGAUGUGAAAAGGAUAGCCAUACACGGGUGGUCGUACGGAGGUUAUUUAAGUUUAAUGGCUUUGGUUCAGUAUCCUAAUAUAUUUAAAAUAGCCAUUGCAGGUGCGCCGGUCACGUGUUGGAGAUUGUAUGAUACAGGGUAUACGGAGCGUUACAUGGAUUUACCCGAUCAUAAUUCUCGCGGUUAUAAAAUGGGCUCCGUUCUUAAUUACAUAAAAGAUUUUCCUGACGAGGAAAAUAGAUUGUUAAUAAUACACGGUUUGAUCGAUGAAAACGUACAUUUUUCACACACGAGUAAAUUUAUCGAUGCCAUGGCGAAAGAAGUCAAACCCUACGAACUUCAAAUAUAUCCGAGCGAAAGGCACAGUUUGAGAAAUUUAGAAGCGAAUCAACACUACGAAACAAAACUAUUAUCAUUUCUACAAAACAAUCUAUAG